AUGAUACAUCUUAUAAGAAAGAUACAGAUACAGAUAACACCUACUAAUACAUCAAAUACAAUCAAUUUAAUAAAUUACAAUUGUCGUCAACUUCAACAACAAAAAGUUAAUCAAAAUAUUAUUAGAAAUAAUAAUAAUAAUAAUAUCAAUAACUUUAUAAUUAGAGGUAGUCAAGGUAACCAUUCUUUAUAUCAUUCCUAUUCAACAAGUAAUAAAUCUAUUAAAACAGAUAAUAAUAAUAAUAAUAAUAGUAGCUAUUUUAAAAGUUUAAAGAAUUUAUAUAAAAAUAUUAUUGGUGAUCAAGAAAUGGAUACAACAACAACUACAACAGCAACAACCUCAACUCCAGAAGUAGAUGCAAUGAAAGUUGAAAAUGAAAAUAACAAUAAUAAUGGUACUGAAUCAACUAUUGUUUCAAUUAAAGAGAAUACUACAACCAUUCAAUAUAACAGUAAGAAUGAAGUAUUCUACAAUCCAGUACAGGAAUUCAAUAGAGAUCUAUCGAUUAUGAUGAUCAAACUGUUCAUUGAACAACGUAAUAAAGAGUUGGCAGACAAGAAGAAACCGCCCAAGAAGAUUAGAAUCCUCGAGGCUUUGUCUGCCACUGGAUUGCGUUCGAUUCGUUACGCCAAGGAGAUCGAAGGUGUCGAACAGAUUCUCUCGAACGACAUUGAAGAGGCCGCUGUCAAAUCGAUCGAGAAAAACCGUGACCUCAAUGGAGUCGAUGCCAACCUCUUGGUGCCAAACCUCGGUGAUGCCACCAUGGUCAUGUAUCAACAUCGUGAUCCACUCAAGCAAUUCGAUGUGAUCGAUGUCGAUCCCUAUGGAGCACCCUCCAACUUCCUCGACGGAGCUGUUCAAGCAGUUGCCGAAGGUGGACUGCUCUGUGUCACCGCUACUGACUCUGCUGUGCUCUGUGGUAAUCAUCCAGAAGCAUGUUAUCAUAAAUAUUCUUCUGUUCCAUUGAAAGGUGAUUUCUGUCAUGAAAUGGGUAUUAGAAUUUUGUUACAUACAAUCGAAACACAUGCUAAUAGAUAUAAGAGACAUAUUGUUCCAGUUUUAUCGUUGAGUAUCGACUUUUAUAUUCGUGUGUUUGUUAGAGUCUAUACCUCUGCAUUGGAGUGCAAGAGAAGUUUCUCAAAGUUGGCUAAUAUCUACAGUUGUGUUGGUUGUGGAAGUUACAAUAUUGCACCAUUGGGUAUCAUCGAAGAGGAAGGUAGAAGCAUCAAAUAUAAACUACCAAUUCUCUCAAAGUUUGUUGACAGUACCAAUUGUAAAUAUUGUACAAAACUGUUACAAGUUGCUGGACCAUUUUGGAAUAGACCGAUUCAUGAUAAGGAAGUUUGUAAAGCAGGAUUAAAACAUAUUGAAGAUCAUCCAAAUGCAUUCAACACCUGCAAGAGAAUGUUUGGUGUUUUGACAUCGGCCUACGAAGAGUUAGCGGAUGUUCCAUUCUACUUUAGAAGCGAUCACUUCACCUCUGUACUCCACACCAGUACACCACCAGUAGCAACCAUUCGUUCUGCACUUUUGAAUGCAGGUUACAAGGUUUCAUCUAGUCACGUUCAGGCAGUUAUCAAAACCAAUGCACCAUUCGAUUUCAUGUGGGACAUCUGGAGAACCUAUGCCAAAACCAACCCACCAAAGAAUACAUCACCAACUUCACCAGCUCAUUUCAUUCUUUCAAAAGAACCAACUCAUAAAAUUGAUUUUACAAUGCAUCCACAAGCACAUGGAGAGACACCAUCGGUACCUAAAUACUUGCCUAAUCCAAAGGAGAAUUGGGGACCUGGAUCAAGAGCUGGUAAAAAGUCGGCUGAAAGCCAUGAAAUGGUAACAAUUGCUCAAAAGAGAAAGAUGAAUCAAGGAAAAUAUACCAAAGAUAAAAAGUCAAGAAAGGAUUUCAGUCAUGUUCAAUGUCCUUCAAUGGUAAACAAGGGUGAAUGCACAAAGGGUGGAAAUUGUAGAUACUCUCACAAAACUAAAGAAGAAUUAGAAAAAGAAAAUACUGCUACAGAGUUAAAUCAAACAGAACAAGAAAAUAAAGUUUAA